AUUACUAUAGUGUUUCCCUGCAGACUGCGUAGUUUAGGAGGCUUACUUUAGUUUUUUGGGCCCUUAAGAGGAUAAAAGAAGUAUUGAUAUGUUUAGAGGAUUGAACAGUGAAAUUAGCGAAAUGCUUCCUUCCUCUCAUAAUUUGAGGAAAUCAAAAAAAACUGUGGAAUUUGAGAACGUAGUUGCCACCAUCAAUAAAGGUUAUAAAGAACUUGUUAUAUUGAGAGGUUUACCAGGAUCAGGAAAGAGUUUUUUAGCCAGAAAAAUAUUGGAGUCUACUAUUGGCUUUGAUACCAACUAUAAACUACAUGUUUUUAGUACCGAUGAUUAUUUUUGUCAAAACAGUAGUGGAGAAUUUACGUAUGAUGUUAAACAACUCGAUAAUGCUCAUAAAUGGAAUCAGAGUAGAGUAUUUCAAGCUGUGAGCAGAGGUUUUAGCCCUGUGAUAAUUGACAAUACAAACACUCAGAUAUGGGAGAUGAAACCAUAUGUAAUCAUGGCCUCUGACUUUGGAUACCAAGUGGACAUUCUGGAACCGGAUACUCAUUGGUGUUUCGAUUAUAAAGAGUUGUCUAAACGGAAUGCUCAUGGUGUAGGUAAAGCUAAAAUACAAGAUAUGCUUGCCCGUUACGAAAGAAAUGUAACUCCUCAAAAACUCUUGAGUUUUUGUAAGGUUGCUUACACAGCUCAAAAGCAACCUCAGCUGAGGUUAUAUCCUCCUACUCACAUAAAUGUAAGUGCAUCAAAGGCUGAAUCUAGAAGUUGUGUCAACAGUCUUAUGACUUCACAAGAUUUGCAACAGAAAUCAAAUUAUGAGUCUAAACAUACUGGAAAAGAAAUUAAUGUGACAAAUGGGCCUCAAAGACAUAUUAAAAACGAAAUAACCCAUUCGUUGGUGAAUGGAUAUGAGGAAAUCAUGGAGCUUAGCAGUGACGAUGAUAAUGAAUUGCAAGAUGAAGCAGCAAAAGAAAUUCCAGAUGUUGAAACUCUAUGGGGCAUUAGUCAUGAUGUUUUAAGAUCCUGGGAUAUCGUUACUCCAAUUGAAGAUUGUUUUACCAAUUGUCAAGCCACAGAGUUAGUUGCUGUCAAUGAUGUGGUAGAAAAGAGAGAUGCCUGUUUUGGCACUGAGGACGAAUACUUUCGUGUUUUGCAAAGAAGCGAAUCAAUUUCAAAUUAUGGCGAUUUGAAAAUUUUGCAAACCUUCAAUCGCAAUAUCAAUAUUUCGGUACCGAAUAAAUCUCUACAUGUAUCAAAACUAUCUACACUUGACAAAAGCUGCAUGACUGAUGAUCUUUAUGAAGACUAUGAAAAUCAUAUAUCACAACUAAUUAAUUUGUUUCCUUCUGUACCAAAGCCACAUCUGUCAUACUGGUAUAACAAAUGUAAAGGGGAUCUGGAGUGGACAAUAGAAUUUCUAUUAGAAGCUAAAGAAGAAAUAUCAUCCCUAAUUGACAGUGAUUUUCUUGAACCGCAAAAAAAUAUUAGCCAGCCCGAUUCAAAUAGCAGCAUACUUUCUGACGAUAAAGUGGAAUCUUCUACUGCCGAACGAAAUGAGAAGGUUAAAAAAUCAUUCGUAGAAAAUAGUGACUUGAAAAGAUUAAUUGAAAGUAAGAUUGAUAUUGGUGAAGACCAUUAUUCAAAACAUUUAUUGAGAAUUAAAAAAUCAAAGUUUUCUGACCAGUUGUCUGCAGGAAGUAGUAAAAUGGCAGUUGAUCCGAACCUACCUUCGACUUCUGCUCAGUUAAAUGAAAUAUCUGAAACAACUGAUGACAUAAUUGUAAUAGAUUCUGACAUGGAAAUUGAUGAAUUGGAUAUCGAUGAUCAAGUUGAUGAUUCAGGAAAUAAAUGCAUUCCGUUCGAGGAAACAAUCGAAAUAAAUCUUGGGGACCAUCUCGUUAACCAAUUGGAGAAUACAUUUGGAAAUCUAGAACUUCAAUAUCCUAGGGGAUUGCAACCAGUCGUUCAGGUGCCAAUUACUUUGGCAAGGCAACUCUACACAUUUUAUAUAGAGAGUGUAUAUCAGCAAAUGGAGAAUCAGAUGCAAAUUAUGAAUACACUUACUCAAGAAGAUGAAGAAUUUGCAAGAAAACUACAAGCAAAAGAAAAUGAAGAAAUGCAGACCACCAAAACACCACCUGUUCCAAAUCUAAAAGAAAUUAUGACUGAUCAACAAAUUGCAGAAUCCUCAGCUAAAAAAGAAGCAGACAAUUGGAAGAAACUCAAUCCAGAUAAUUUAGCUGCAAAAUUAACAAGACAGAAGUUAUUUAGAAUAUUCCCCAAAGUUCCCCAAGAAACGCUAGUCGAGAUUUUGUAUGCUCAUGAUAAUAAAUAUCAAGAUACUAUAGAAACUUUGAUAGCAUCAACAGGCCCAGAUAAUAUCAAAGGUAAUUUAGAGGCCAUUAAAGAGCCACCCAUAAAUGAUGAUGUUUUAGAAGAAAUGAAAGAGGCACAAAGAAGUAAUCAUACUGAGGAAUAUGGAGAGGUUCGCGAAGCUACAUUUUACCGGGAAGAGGCCAGCAAAUAUCUGAAAAAACGAGCGGAUUUAUAUCAAAAAGCCCAGCAAUACUACCAAAGAGGAAUGACAGAAGUGGCGCAAUUUUUUUCUGGUCUGGCCAGCUCACAAACUAUGUAUUUCGAACGGGCAAAUAGCCUAGCAGCUAUGGCUUUUCUUGACGAACACUCGAAGCGUUUGCAGGACUUUAACACUUUGGACUUGCACUUUCUUUAUGUAAAGGAAGCUAUUCCAUCUCUAGAUGUUUUUCUGGAUAGAAAUAUAAAUCUUUUGCGCCUGAGCAACACAAAACAGUCUGAAUAUCUUCAGAUCAUCACUGGGAGAGGUAACAGGAGUGAAGGGGGAAUCUCCAGAAUAAAGCCGGCUGUGCAGGCUAGAUUGAAAAAGAGAAAUAUAAAAUUUGUUCCUCUCAACCCCGGACUAUUGAAAGUUAAAGUAACUAAAGCUUCAUGGGUAACCAGUGAAAUUCCAGUAUCAUGAGCAAAUGGAUGAGUGAAAACAUGUCAAUAAAUCAUGAUCGGCAAGGAUAAAAAUGUAAAUAACUUUGGUACAAAAUACAAAUGGUGCACACA